GUAUACAACAUUUCAAAGCAAAUUAAUCAUAGUUGCUGGGUUGCAUGUUAUGAUCUCAACAUAACAGUCACGAAAUCGACUGGAUUUCUAUACGCUGAGAAGUUAGAUAAUUGUAAUUCCAAUACAUUUCCAAGACAAGAAAAACACACUUUAAAAAUCAUUCGAACUACGUAGUCUGAUUGGACGAACUAUAGCUUGGCUGAAUAGAAUGGAUCUGAGCAUAAACGUCCGCGAAAACUUGUUGCUAUUACAGUGCUUCUUUCUGGCAUUGUCAGUUUGUAAUGCUGAAAAUUGUGAUGGAACUGUAGUAAGUGAGAAGUUCACGGGAGCACAGCCCAAAUAUAUCCAGGUUAUGCCCGGAAAUCAAGCAAUCCUCAACUGGACUUGGUGCGUCGCGGAGAACAGCUCGAUCACAGGCAUCAUCGUUUACAGGGUGAUUCACGUUGACUCACAAAUCACGAACCAUGCUUUACUCUCAAUGGGCCAAUCAAAGAAAGUUUAUCAGUAUGUCAAAGACAAUUCACGCCACGAACUCUGGAGUGCUGAGAAUUUGAUAGAUUUUCAAGAGAAAGCAGUUUUUGUUAUCAACAACGUGAGCAAAGCAGAUGGUGGUGAAUACAGUUUACAUGUUCGAAGACUGGGAUACUCCGAUCUCCAUAAUGAAAUCACCCUAGUUGUCACCAGUGGUGGUAUCACGAAAGUCCUUAUGGCUCCAUCAAGGAAGCAAAUAACAAAGUGGAUGUCCAGGAAUAAUUCAACGGAUUUUCAGCCUAGUCAACGAAGGCCUAAAACAGGAAAUGGACAUUUGAAUGCUUAUGUUUUUUCGAGUGUUGUUGCGUUUUGUUUUUUAAUAAUGCUAGUGGUCGUUCCUAUCGUGUAUUGCAAAUGGAAGAGGCGUGGACAUCAAGCAAUUUGUCUUCGAUCCAGGAAAAGGUGUUUAAAAAGUACUUCCAAGUCUUCUGGUCAAGACUAUUAUACAUUAGUCUGACCAAAUCCAGUGCAGUGUUUGUCAUGGUCUGCAUGGUACUAACAACCUAAUUGCCAAUAAUUCCAUAGAUUCUCAUGCGUAGAUGCGUAUAGUUAUUUUUUGUGUCUUGUUGUGAUUUGAUUUGUAUUUUUUGUUUGAAUUGUUUUUUUAAUUUGCUGAAUUCCUAAGAAGAGUUCAGUACUACUUUAAUAUUUGAUUCGAAAUUACAAUGUAAGUAUUUCGUACUGGCAGUACGGCCAGUACAUCAACUGGCAUUACGGCCAGCAGAACGAACAGUUCAACACUCCGGACCCCGUUCCAUACAUACAGUAUAUAGCCAGGUCUCUUCCAAAAAAAAUAAGUACGCAGGAACAAAAUACUAGCUAAAAUUACACAAAUUCAGAACAAAGCAACAAAAUGAAGUAUAUUAUUUUGUGAAAAGUUCGUUUAAAUCGUAGACUUAAUCGUAAACGUUAUGGCCAAGGAAAAAGGAAUGCUGUGCAUAUAUUUUCUUCUACUGUCAUAUUUCAUUGCCGUGUUUGCAAGAUAGGCUAGGCAGGUCAAUUACAUAGGUGCACAUUUAAAUGUAUAUAA